AUGUGGGUCCUCGUGAGGGCCUCGGUUUUGUUGGUCGAGAGGUGGGAGUCGAGGGUCUUGGAGAGGGUUUGUGGUGGGGCCCGGAUAAUGAUGAUGAUGAUGAUAAAGGCCUUUUGUUGGGCCCGAAGGAUGGAGUUGUGUUCGUUGGUGAUGGCCGCUGCAAUCGGGACACUAUGUUCUCGAGUAGCGUUCACGGGCAACAAGCAAUUGGGUUUUGGCUUCGAAUCUGCAAGAUUAAGUCCAUACAUGAAUACACAAGUCGACAUGAAUCAUAACCGCAUUUUAUUAGCAUUCGAAAAAGAAAAAAGGAAGAGUAAAAGGAUAAGUUUGACAGGGGCAGGAGGGUCAUUUCUCUCCACGGCACUUCGCAUCCCCAAGAAAAUAGCUAGAUCUUCAUCUACCUCUCUCAUUACCAUACCAAGAUCUCUGGCAUCACAACACAUCCCGAAAUUCCCAAUCACACUUACAAUCCAAGUGUUGCAAGAAGUGGUGAAAAUCAUGCUAAAAGUAUAUAAAUCCACCGACAGAAAAUGCUCCUGUGGGAAACGAGAAAACUGCCAGAGCUGCGAUUAG